AUAUUUGUCUUCAACUUAGCGCCGCCUGAAGGGCUCAAAGAAGAGAUGGAAGAACAGAAAGUCUUACUACUCAAAGGUAUGUGUUUUCUUUCUUGUCACACAUGGAACAUUUAAAGCAACAGUUCAGAGUCUGGCCAGAAUUCAAACCAACAUGGAUAACCGACACCGCUCAGCAACUGCCCUUUAGAAUGUUUGCUCCAGCCUGCCUUGUUUCAUGGGGCUGGACACCCAAUGACAAACAAUACCUUGAUUCUAUCAAUGUUAUGGAAAAGUACACAUGAUUUUAUGAUGCAUGCAGACCCAUCAGGCUAAUGGCAUUCACCUGGAUGCUGUACUCCGUCCAAGAGAUACACUGAGUGUACGAAACAUUAGGAACACCUUCCUAAUAUUGAGUUGCACCCUCUUUUGCCCUCAGAACAGCUUUAAUUCAUCGGGUCCUGGGCUCUACAAGGUGUCGAAAGUGUUCCACAGGGAUGCUGGCCCAUGUUGACUCCAAUGCUUCCCACAUUUGUCAAGUUGGCUGGAUGUCCUUUGGGUGGUGGACCAUUCUUGAUACACGCGGAAAACUGUUGAGUGUGAAGGGUACAGCAGAAAAACACAAAUAGUUGUGUAAUAGCCUACAACCUUAUGUUGUGUUAUGUAGGUCCAUGAUAGAGGUGGACAAUUUUGCUAAACUCGUAAUGCAUUUGUUAUAUUCCUCAAGAAUCAAUGGAACCUUUUGGAUGAGAGCUGGACAUAAGUCUCUAGUGAAAGGUUGUCUGAAAUGUAUAGGACAACUAAUUCUGAAACAGAACCAACCCCUCAAAGGACCAACAAGUUGAAAUGUCAAUUCAAACAUGUUACUGUGAAAGAUCCAGACUAAAUAGAAGCUAGGCUAUCAUUCUGGAGAGGGUUUACUGGCUAAUUUUGCUGUAGACUUUCAUAGCAAGAUAUGCCAGUUAUGACUGAGUAGUAUUGUAAAUCCUACUCUGCAAUAGAUUAGGUGCAUUAACUUGAUUUAGCAUUCAGGACCCAAAGUAGCGGUUUAUAACGGCUAAUAUACCACGCCCCGUUGAGCCUUAUGGCUGAAAUAGAACAGUUGCAAGUGUGUUUCUCAAUGUCACCAGUAAUGAGUAAGUAACUGGUAAGGUAAUAAAAAGUUUAGCCUAUUUCCUAUGAAUUAAUCACAUGCAUUAACUACAACCUGAUGCUGUUUUAUAUCCAUUUCACAUGUUGAUAAAGGAAAAAGAAAACAGAAAGGAAUGGAGGAAACUGAAAAAAAGAGGCACAGAUUCACCCCUGGAGAUGAGGAUCGUAUUAUUUCGGGGGUUCUUGGGCACUGGGAGGACCUCUUCGGCGCCCAGGCCCACAUUCGCCCCCGGGGGUCAAAGACUGCAACCUGGAACAGCAUCGCGGGUACCUUGACCUCGGCUGUGGCGAGAUGUGGCGACGAUGUCCGGAAGAAGUACAAUCUCAUCAGGAACCAAAUCAAGCAAAAGGUUUCAUCUCUCCGGGCAUUGUCCAGCCAGACUGGUGGGGGGCCCAACACAGUGCUGGAGCUGACCCACCUGGAGCAGCAACUGCUCUCCCGAAUGGCAGAGACCGUAACAGGUGUAGGGCCUGCUGAUCUGGGAAUUGGUGAGUGCUAAUGUUGUAAUUAUAUCUUAAUGUUAUAUUAAAUUAUAAUUACAUCAUAGUAAUAAUAUAUUAUAUAUUAGGCCUAUAUACGGUAUAUACGGAAUUCCCUGAUCGGUUUCCUUCCUCUCUGGCAACUGAUUUAGGAAGGACUUUAUCCUGUGGUUGAAUCUGUGUUUGAAAUGCAAUGCUUGACUGUUGGACCUUUUGAGAUAUUUGUAUGUGUGGGGUACAGAAAUGAGGUAGUCAUAAAAAAAAAAAUGUUAAACACCAUUAUUACACACAGUGAGUCCAUGUGACUUGUUAAGCAUAUUUUUACUCCUGAACUUAUUUAGGCUUGCCAUAACAAGGGGGUUGAAUACUUAUUGACUCAAGACAUUUCAACUUUUCAUUUUUAAUUAAUUUGUAAACAUUUUGAAAAAACAUUUUUCCACUUUGAUAUUAUGGGGUAUUGUGUGUAGGCCAGUGACCAAAAAAAGCACAAUUGAAUCCGUUUUAAGUUCAGGGGGUGUGUAUGCUUUCUGAAGGCACUGUAUAUACAGUGGGGAAAAAAAGUAUUUAGUCAGCCACCAAUUGUGCAAGUUCUCCCACUUAAAAAGAUGAGAGAGGCCUGUAAUUUUCAUCAUAGGUACACGUCAACUAUGACAGACAAAAUGAGGAAAAAAAAUCCAGAAAAUCACAUUGUAGGAUUUUUUAUGAAUUUAUUGGCAUAUGAUGGUGGAAAAUAAGUAUUUGGCCAAUAACAAAAGUUUCUCAAUACUUUGUUAUAUACCCUUUGUUGGCAAUGACACAGGUCAAACGUUUUCUGUAAGUCUUCACAAGGUUUUCACACACUGUUGCUGGUAUUUUGGCCCAUUCCUCCAUGCAAAUCUCCUCUAGAGCAGUGAUGUUUUGGGGCUGUCGCUGGGCAACACAGACUUUCAACUCCCUCCAAAGAUUUUCUAUGGGGUUGAGAUCUGGAGACUGGCUAGGCCACUCCAGGACCUUAAAAUGCUUCUUACGAAGCCACUCCUUCGUUGCCCGGGCGGUGUGUUUGGGAUCAUUGUCAUGCUGAAAGACCCAGCCACGUUUCAUCUUCAAUGCCCUUGCUGAUGGAAGGAGGGUUUCACUCAAAAUCUCACGAUACAUGGCCCCAUUCAUUCUUUCCUUUACACGGAUCAGUCGUCCUGGUCCCUUUGCAGAAAAACAGCCCCAAAGCAUGAUGUUUCCAACCCCAUGCUUCACAGUAGGUAUGGUGUUCUUUGGAUGCAACUCAGCAUUCUUUGUCCUCCAAACAUGACGAGUUGAGUUUUUACCAAAAAGUUAUAUUUUGGUUUCAUCUGACCAUAUGACAUUCUCCCAAUCCUCUUCUGGAUCAUCCAAAUGCACUUCAGACGGGCCUGGACAUGUACUGGCUUAAGCAGGGGGACACGUCUCGCACUGCAGGAUUUGAGUCCCUGGCGGCGUAGUGUGUUACUGAUGGUUGGCUUUGUUACUUUGGUCCCAGCUCUCUGCAGGUCAUUCACUAGGUCCCCCCGUGUGGUUCUGGGAUUUUUGCUCACCGUUCUUGUGAUCAUUUUGACCCCACGGGGUGAGAUCUUGCGUGGAGCCCCAGAUCGAGGGAGCUUAUCAGUGGUCUUGUAUGUCUUCCAUUUCCUAAUAAUUGCUCCCACAGUUGAUUUCUUCAAACCAAGCUGCUUACCUAUUGCAGAUUCAGUCUUCCCAGCCUGGUGCAGGUCUACAAUUUUGUUUUUGGUGUCCUUUGACAGCUCUUUGUUCUUGGCCAUUGUGAAGUUUGGAGUGUGACUGUUUGAGGUUGUGGACAGGUGUCUUUUAUACUGAUAACAAGUUCAAACAGGUGCCAUUAAUACAGGUAACGAGUGGAGGACAGAGGAGCCUCUUAAAGAGGAAGUUACAGGUCUGUGAGAGCCAGAAAUCUUGCUUGUUUGUAGGUGACCAAAUACUUAUUUUCCACCAUAAUUUGCAAAUAAAUUCAUUAAAAAUCCUACAAUUGGAUUUUCUGGAUUUUUUUUUCUCAAUUUGUCUGUCAUAGUUGACGUGUACCUAUGAUGAAAAUUACAGGCCUCUCUCAUCUUUUUAAGUGGGAGAACUUGCACAAUUGGUGGCUGACUAAAUACUUUUUUUCCCCACUGUACAAAUGUGCCAAAUCUGAGGGUUUUUGAAUUGAUCAUGUUUACAAUGUUCAAUAUUCAUCAAACAAUUGUUAUUGAAAUCUAAACACUGCUCAUUUUACAGAGCAUUCAGUAAAGCUUCAAAUUACAUCACUUCCUGCUUUGUAGCGUUUACAGACUGAAGGUUAUAGUGUCGUAGAGGAGGCCUGGGUAAGCCCAAAAUGUCAGCCACAUCCCCACUUUCAUUAAUUAUUUUUAAACUAUGUUUUUACAUACAAAAGUCAUAUAUAUAUAUAUAUAUAUAUAUAUAUAUAUAUAUAUAUAUAUAUAUAUAUAUAUAUAUAUAUAUAUAUAUAUAUAUACCUGACAUUUUCGUGUAUUACAUUUCGGAACAAUCCAGGAUAUUGUGAUAUUUUUGUUGUUGCAGUCAAACAGAUCCGUCCAUAAAUGCAAGUAAUAGUAUUUUUUUUUACCAUUUAAAAAUACAUAAAGAAGCCACACCAGGCAUCCAAUACAUGUACCGAAAUGACAGAGGAUUAUACACACAGGAAGUCAGACUUGUUUCCAUUGUGGACCUCUAUUGCUAGGCAAGUGGCUGCAAUACUCAAUCACACACAAUGUCCACAUAUUUAGAUUUAUGCAAAAAUUAAAGCAAAUUUACACAUCUAACAAAUCAGUCCACUAGCGCAGAGUGGCUUUACACUUGGCUAGGAGGCUAUCUCAACAUUAACCAAGCUUUGAAGGAGUGUUUGAACCUAUGACUAGCAGAAAGUUUAUAUCGUGUCAGACGUGUGUGUGUGGUCUUUAAUGAGUAGCCUAAAUGAGCCUAGUCAAGGCAAAGGUUUGAUUUAACAAUUUCACUGUGAGCAACACAAACUUGAUUAAAUUCCAUAAGUAUUAAAUCAGCAUCAGUACCUGAUGAGUGGAAAGGACGGAACACACUCCAGGAAUAAUUUAAGUGUAUUCUUUAUUUUAAUGAAAAAGCAUAAUGCCAUAAUGGUAAACCAACAGAAAACAUGACUAAUAUAACACAUGACAUUUUAAAGGAAGUAAUUUCAACAAGAAGUGAUAAGAAAUCAUAUUAACCUAAUCUUCUUUUCCAGGUCCCUCUCAGGGAGACAUCUCCAGCUCUGGCCCCCCACCAGCAGCAGAAGAGAGCACUGUGGAGUCCGCUUUACCCUCUAAUGUCACCAUGGAGGAGGUACCCUCCACCUCACCAUCAACACCUUGGCCAGCGCCAACAGUGUCACCCCAACCCAUCACCUCCCGUCCUGCACCAGCUCACUCCAUCCACUCUCAAUCAAUCAAUCAAAUUUAUUUUAUAAAGCCCUUUUUACAUCAGCAGUUGUCACAAAGUGCUUUACAGAUACCCAGCCUAAAACCCCAAAGAGCAAGCUCUGCACCUCAACCCAUCACCUCCUGUCCUGCACCAUCUCACUCCAUCCACUCUGGCUCUCCACCCCAACCCAUCACCUCCUGUCCUGCACCAUCUCACUCCAUCCACUCUGGCUCUGCUCCCCAACCCAUCACCUCCCGUCCUGCACCAGCUCACUCAAUCCACUCUGGCUCUGCUCCCCAUCCCAUCACCUCCUGUCCUGCACCAGCUCACUCCAUCCACUCUGGCUCUCCACCCCAACCCAUCACGUCUGGCUGGACACCACAGGGCCCCCAAGCCAAACUGCUCCAACACAUCCUGGACACACAAACACAACAAAUCCAUGUUACACAGACCUCCCAACACAUCCACCAAGCUCUUUAUGAUUUAUUAGAAAAAGCACAUGAAACACAGAAGGCACACCUGGAUGUGGAGAAGAACCGGCUCCAGCUGGAUAGGGAGCGCUUGAGGGUGGAGACAGAGCGCCUGCAGGUGGAGAGGGAGCGCCUCCAGCUGGAGAAGGAUCGCCUGGGGGAAGUGGAGGCCCGGGAGGUGUUUCGGCAGCUCUCUGUCUCCGGGUCAGUCGCCCUAGAACACCAGACGCCUGUGAGUUCAAGAACUGCCAGUGCCUCCCCCACCCUUCCUCUGGGAACACCAUCAGCCUCCAUGUCCAGUCCCCUCGCAUUAAUAUCACCCACUGCACCACACUUUGAUUUCUUAUUUGCCCCAUUCCCAUUACCGGUUAUCCCAACCCAUUCCACCCAGCCAUCACAAACCAGCCCUGCCCCAACCUCCCCUACCUUAACCAGUUCUGCACCAACCUCCCCUACCUCAACCAUUUCUGCACCAACCUCCCCUACCUUAACCACUCCUGCCCCAACCUCCCCAACCUCAACCAUUUCUGCCCGCUCUCUCAUCCCUCCAACCUCCGGAUCUGUUAAACGGCGAGUCCAGGAGACAGUCAGGCCUUGGCCUGCACCCACUGCUAAGAAUAAAAAACUUCAAUAA